GUGAGGUUUAAGUUUAUUAUGUUGGAUUCUGAAUGUACAUUGAGUGAGAAAAUGGAGAAUGUUGAAAAAAAAGCGAGACGAAACUACUUCAUUUAUUUUGCUGCUAUAUCAGUUAAUUUGAUAUGCUUCUCGACAGGCAUAGCAUAUGCAUGGACCUCUCCAUUACUCCCAAAAUUCGAAAGCAACGACCCAUCAAUAAAUCCGAUAGGCAGACCGUUGAGCGCAUCUGAAUCUGGACUCCUGGUAUCUGUAAUCAAUUUCGGACUAUUGUUUGGACCAAUUUUGUCGGGAGGUCUUGCAGGAAGGAUAGGCAAAAAAGCAACGCUACUUAUUUCUGCUUUACCUAUACUCGUUGCACAGGUUAUUUGUAUUUUUGCAAAAUCCCUGGAAGUUUUUUUGGUUGCCAGAUUUCUUAUGGGUGUGACAACCGGAGCGGCUUGGUCUCUAAUGCCAGGAUACAUAUCGGAAAUUUGUGAACCCAAAAUACGCGGUGCUUUAAAUAGCCUUAUAGCAGUAUUUUCAGCUAUUGGAUAUCAAUAUACUUACAUCGUAGGACCUUUUGUUUCGAUAAUGUGGUUUAGUAUUCUAAACACUAUACCUGCUCUUUUAUUUUUUAUAUGCGUUUAUUUUUUCGUACCAGAUAGUCCUUAUGAUUUGGUAAUGAAAAACGAUUUUCAAUCUGCAGAAGAAAGUUUGAUUAGACUCAGGCGAAAAAGUGAUGUCAAGAAAGACCUUAUAGAAAUCCAAAGAGUUGUUGUCGCUAAUGCGCAAAGUCAUGCGAAGAUUAUGGAUAUUUUCAAAAACAAAGGAUCAGUUGCUGCUUUGAUAAUAUGUAGUGCCUUAAUGGCUUUUAAUUGUUUUUCUGGAGUAUUGAUUGUGCUUGGAUAUACACAACCCAUAUUUGAGCAAGCUGGAAGUUCGAUUCCACCAACUUAUUCCGCUAUGAUGGUUGGUACAAUAUCGCUUAUAGCAACUAUAUUAACAACUCAGCUAAUUGAUCGACUUGGUAGGAGACCAAUUCUCAUUUUAUCGUCUCUAAUUGCUAGUUUAGCUCAUGUUUCACUAGGAAUUUUCUUUCAUUUGCAAUCCAAAAAUGUCAAUACUGAAUCUUUUGGUUGGGUACCAAUUUGCAGCGUGAUAGCUUUUAUGUUUUUCUUCAAUUUUGGAAUUGCACCUUUAACUUGGAUCAUUUUAGGCGAAUUGUUUGCAUCAAAUAUAAAAGCCGUUGCCGCAAGUCUUUGUAGCAGUGUAAAUUACUUUUCAGCUUUUGCUCUAACGGCAGCUUAUACUUAUGUUGUAGCAAGUAUUGGAACUGCAAAUACAUUUUUCUUUUUCGGUGUCAUGAUGGCAGCGUGCUCGUUAUUUUGCACAUUUAAACUACCAGAAACAAACGGGAAAACUUUUGAAGAGAUUUAUGCGAUACUGAAUAAGAAAACAGGUAAAUGAGUUUUCCAAUCGCUAUUAUGGCUAUUGAUCUGAUUUAAUUAAGGAAUUAAUGUAGGUGAUAAUGUGUGAUAUAUGAUGCAGCCAAUCUUUUUGUAUUAAAUUUCAAUUGUAUAAAACAUCAAACAUCCAAGCAUUUUUGUGCAGACUGAUUUGUUAAAUUAAAGAUUGCUUUAA